AUGCCCCGUGGGCUCAACGACUCUGCCUCGCUGCAUGCAGCCCUUGCGUCGUCGGCGACUGCGGCGUACGAACGGCUGCAGAGCAGUGGCGGAAGUGGGCGGACCAUCAACGAAGAGGGAAGAGGACCUGGCGAGGAGGUGGUCCCGGACGCGCUGGCGGUGGUAGUAGAGCAGCCCGAGGCUGUUCGCAGUCUGGUGAGCCAGCUGGAUCUUUCGCAUCAGGGCAUGGCUCAUGUUCCGUUUGUUUUGACCGAUCUGCUGCCGGCGCUGCGCAUCUUGGACUUGUCGUUCAAUGAUCUGCGCGCUCUCCCGGUCGCACGCAUGGUUUCCUCUCUGCCAAAGCUGACUGUCCUGGACCUCCGGCACAACAAGCUUGUGGACCUGGCCCACAUCUCUGCGCUGGCCGCGCUGAGCAAGCUGGAGGAGCUGCAUGUGGGAGGAAACCCGCUGCCGCACGUCUCGCGCAGAGUGCAUCUGCUGCACAAGCUCAUCUACGACCAGAUGGACCGCUAUCCGCUGACCGGCUCCGGUAUCCGGCCAUUUGCGGGGCCCAUGGCCGAGUUACUGACGCAAAUGUCGGCAAAGUCGUCGCUUGGCUCGUCAACCCGGGCCGAGCUGGACGCUAUGGAGGCGCGCGGCGAGUUGAGCCGUGCCCAGCACCAGGAGGCCAUUUCGCGGAUCAUGAUGCGCCGCCAAGGCUUGGCGCGAGCCGGUGGGAGCGAGGUGGUCGUCCUCGACGAGCGUGAUCCAGACAUUCUCUGCUCGGCUCGCCGUGGCAUGACCAAGUAUCUGGGUGUCUCCGAAGGCGAGCACGCGCCGCACGUCAUCAAGCAGCAGCUCGCGCAGUCGUCCGUCUCGCGGCUGGGCUCGGACAUCAUGUACGCCGACAUGCGGCAGGUGCCGAUUCCGCGCGAUGGCCCGUUUCCCAGCUUGCGUGUUCUCAACGGGCGGCCUGUGACAGUGGAGGACAUGGACGCGGCCGAGCGGCUGGGCAUAUCAGGUGGGACGCAGUUCUCGCAACGACUUGAGGCCGACGCCGAGUUUGUCGAGACAUCUGACCUGCUGUCGUCGUCGUCGACUCGCGCCAAGGAGAAAGAGUACCAGGCCAUCUACGAGUCUGUCCUCGGCUCUGCCAUCACCACCAUUGACCGCAUGGGCGUCGAGCGCGGCUCGACAAGCAAGAGCAGUACAGCUGCGUCGACGCUCCUCCGCUCUGUUGCCGCCGACGUCCACGCUCGUUCGCAGCGCGACGCACGCCACGCCGCUCGCAAGCGGUUUACCAAGCUGGUAGUCGGCCGAGAAGCCUCUCGCAAGCUCGAGGUCCUUGAUCCGGACAGCAAGGACACCGGUCCGCACGAGGAAUCACGAUACGAGCCGCGGGGUGACGACGGCAGACGCGACGACGACGAGGCCAAUGCGGUCGACGCAUAUCUGGAGCUGCUGAAGAAGACCGAGGCGGCGUCAAUGAUUUCGGAUGACGACAUGGCUUCGGUGCUGAAGAACCCAAACUCGACCAAGAAGUUGCGGCAGAUCAAGACGCUGACGUCGCGGCAGCGGCAGGCGCGGCGUGGGACUAUUCGGCGGGUUGUAGCGCCAGUCGAGUCAGACUCAGAGUCGAGCUCAUCGGCCGACUCGGACGUGGCGCAUCUGGUGGGCGAAGCCGAGGUGCGUGCACCGGGAAAGGUGCGGUCCAAAGGCGCGACGUCGGCGGCGUCGGACAUCUACUAUGAGUGUGCGGUGGUGCUCGACCAGUCGCACCGGGUCAUCCACAACUCGGCUCCGCCCGAGUCGUCAACGACGGUGUACGAUGACCGCAACGUUGUUUCCUCUCACAUCCCGUUUGCCGUCUACGCCGACGUGCCCGAGUACGACGACAUUGCUGGCGUGGCCCGGACAAACUCAACGUUGCUGGCGCGGACAGUGGCUGCGCCACGGUGGGUGCAGCGCAACCCCAAACUGCGGCAGCGAGCGGCGCAGCUCCGGGAGGCAAAGCGAGCCGAGAUGGCCGCAAUCGAAGCGGCGCGGCGGGCUGAGGCCGCCGAGGAGCGUCGUCGCGAGCGCCGGCUCGGAUUCAAGUCCAAAGCCGAGCUUCCACCGCACAUUGAGGUCUCGCCACUCAUCUAUCAGCAGUUCCAGGGCGUGCGGCGGCGUGUCGAGGGAGUGAUCGGGCUGUCGUCGGCACGGGUGGGCCGGAUUUCGGGCGCAACCGGCCAGCAGCUCGGUGAGAUGUUCCAGGACAUGGACGCCGAGUCCAUCGAGGUGGCUCUCCGGCAGGCAGACCUCGACCUCGAAAUUGACGAUGUGCGGUCGCGGUCACGUCAGCAGCUGGCAACCGAGCAGCGGUACCUGGCGCGGAUGCCCGGGGUGCUCAGCUCGGCCGACGAUAUUGUGGCCGACGACGACCUGGCGAUGAUUGUGCCGGCCAAGGUCGACGAGAGCAAGGCCUCGACGCUGGCCGCGGGCUCGGCGGAGCGGUCGGACGCGGUGACCAAGUCGGCGACAGCUAUCUUCAACAUGCAGCCGGCAGAGCUGGAUGAGUUUCUGUCGACGGCGCGGACCAACGACUUUGACCCAAUCUCGGCACUGGCGGCGACCGAGACCGACGGCGGCGACGAUGACGACGGCGAGCCGAGGCUGCGCGGCCGCGGGCUCAGUGCGCUGCGUGGCGACACGUCGUACGCGCCUGCUCUAGGCAAGACUCGCGCUGAGGCUGCUGCCGAGCUCGAGAAGCUGCAGUCGUUUACCGAGCGGCGCAUGCUUGGCUACGUUGCCGAUAUGUGCGUACACGAGCCUGACGAUGAGUCGAAGCUGGCAGCGGCGGCGAUCCGCUCCGAGCUCCGCUCCCGCGAGCGCUAG